CUCUACUGGAACUGUGUUCUUGUUGAUCCCGAAAGAGCCAUUAGCUUGUGCCACAAGUUUUGGGGGUGGGGGGCUAGCCUCAGAGGUAAUGGAGAGUCAGCAAAAUCUGUCAUAUUUUCCAGUAUAAUGGAAUGUGCUUACAAGGCCCCAGCGGGGUUCCUGGGCGCGACGGGAGCCCUGGAGUCAACGGGAUCCCCGGGACACCCGGCAUCCCGGGGCGCGACGGCCUCAAGGGGGAGAAGGGAGAGUGUAUGCGAGAGAGCUUCGAGGAGUCCUGGACACCCAACUUCAAGCAGUGUUCAUGGAGUGCAUUGAAUUAUGGCAUAGAUCUUGGGAAAAUAGCAGAAUGUACAUUUACAAAGAUGCGCUCUAACAGUGCUCUUCGAGUUCUCUUCAGUGGAUCACUUCGGCUAAAAUGCAGAAAUGCCUGUUGUCAGCGCUGGUAUUUUACUUUUAACGGAGCAGAAUGUGCUGGGCCACUUCCUAUUGAAGCCAUAAUAUAUUUAGAUCAAGGAAGUCCAGAACUGAAUUCUACCAUUAACAUACAUCGAACUUCUUCAGUGGAAGGUCUGUGUGAAGGGAUCAAUGCCGGGUUGGUGGAUGUUGCCAUCUGGGUUGGGACUUGCUCAGAUUAUCCAAGGGGAGAUGCUUCUACUGGAUGGAAUUCAGUCUCCCGUAUCAUCAUUGAAGAACUGCCAAAAUAACUUCCCAAGCCCUUUUUUUUUUUUUUUUUAUAACCUCUCCCUAACUUUUUUUUAUUAUUAUGUACAAUUUUCUUCAAAAUUUAUUUCUAUAGAUUUGGAUGCAAGUAACUGGCUAAAAGGCACCAAACUCUUGCAGCUGCAGUGUUUUGCCUAACCUCUUUAUGGCACACUGAAGAGGCUUUUAUUAGAAUAAUUUUAGAAUAUAAAUACUAGACACAUAUUAGUUUCCUUUUUUAAUUCAUUGUUUGGAUUGUAAUAUGAACAUGUAUCACCAUUUUUAAGAGUUGUAACUAACUUUUUUAUAUCAAAUAAAUAAGACCUUUUACAAAAAAUUCAGGUUAUUUUAUUGGUCAGCAAACUGGUUACGGUAUUUCCAUAGUAUUACAGUGGACAACGAUGGCUUUAGAAGACUUCAGAGAAAGCUCACAUCUUAGCCUAAGCCUUCAAAACACAUACCCAAAAUCUACUCCUGUGAGCACGAUUGCAGGAUAGGAUGCUCUGCUAUUAAAAGUCUUAAGGGUCUGAACAAACUCCCGCUGACUUAACUGUGAGCAGACCAUGAUCAGUAAGCAUUAUAUACCUCAUUUUGAAAAAGUAAGUACAAACACUGUCGUUAAGUUUUCCUUCCCCUCUUUGCUUCUAGAUGGACUGGAUUUCAAUAUAAAAAUCCGUUAUGACUCUCCACUACAAGCACGCAAAUACUACAUAAUUUUACCGUUAUAAAACUUAAUUUCCUUUCUCCACUAAAAUAACUAAUUCUCCUGAAUUUAGCCUGUCAGAUAUACCCAAUCACUUUGGUGUUAAUUAAAAACUAGAUAUAUUAAAUAGUUUAGAAGAUUAUGGAUAUAAGGUUGAGAAGCCUUGGCCUUCAAGAAGUGUACUGGUAAACUGAAAGAAUGAUGUUACAGAUACUUGACUGCAGUCGCAAGACUGGAUAAAAAGCGGUAACAUCGAUCAUGCUGCAUCUCCUAACUAGCACAGUAUUGGCAGCACCAUUUUAAGUGUUCUGUUCCAAAUACAAGUGAUAGUACUCAAUUUUUUUUUUUUUUUAAAGUCAUGCAAAUUCUAAAGGGAAACAGAGUCAUGUUUACAUUACAAAACCAAAUUUAAUUAAUGAAAUAAAAAACAAGUAGAGAAAAAGCAUGUAUAACAUGCAGAAGUAUAAGCUCUUUCAAUAAAUUAAAAGGAAAUAAAUUACUUAUUACAGAUUUAAUGUAUUUCAACUAGUCAUUACAAAACCACGGCUUUUUUUCUGAACAGGCUGUAAGAUUGUCCCCAGGCUUUUUAAGCAGUAUUAAAGGAACACACCUGAAGCUAGGAAAGCAUUCAGGCUUUCCUCACUGCAAGCAUGUGUGUGAUACUGCUGUAAUCCAGCAAAUUAUAUAGCUGGUAUUUGUCUCUGAAAAACCAUCACUGUUUUCAUUGGCUUGGACGAUGGGUUUUAAGGUAUCUGAACACAGACAAGUAACUGUGAGCUAAGCUAUGGUAUGAAUUUACAGGAUGUCAGUGAACAUACAGUACUUGAUUGUAUACAUGCUUGUAGCCUGUCUUUGCAUUUAUCCUAGAGCAUGAGUAAGCUGUCCUGGGUAUAGAACAUAGUAAUCCAGGGUAGUAAGUGCAUAACUUCUGUUAUUUUCUUAGAUUUAUUUGUAUGUCUAUAACUUCACAAUAUAUUUUGCAUCUUGGAUGGUGGAGUUAACGCAAGUGUUCCAUCAAAUUCCUUCUACAUACCAGAAGACACAGAAAACCAAGUGAAAACUGUCUUAAGGCACAAAAAGUUAGGAUUAGUGAUCUAAACAGUAAUUUACAUGGUAAGUAAAUUUCUGUCAAAUACACAUGAAAGCUUUUAUAGUAAAAAACAAGGUCAGCCAUAAUGGCCACAUGCCCUCUCAGAUGAGAUAUCAUAGUAUAUUGUCAAAUGCAUCUGUAUAGGACAUGGGAUCAGUGGAAAAGAAAGUGUGAAUUAUUAAAAAAGUUAAACAUACAGAAACAUAUCACAUGCCAAUAGUAUCAGCUGAAACAAGCAAGCAGAUUGCUGAAUGCAGAUUCAAAAUAUUGAGCAGUUCUUGUAGUUUUCUAAGUUUUAACCUGAAAGUAAAAGCAGUUCUCUAACCUCUGUUUAAAAGCCUUAUUUCUGGUUAAGGUUAGCCUUCUAUUAAUCAGCAAACUUUUCCAAAUGAUUAUUUGGGAGUUUUGCUGGAUAGCAUUCUCCGCUCCUUACGAAACCGAUUUCCCCCUGCUUGUUGAUAACCUUUCCUAAGUUCUUUCCUCCUCAGUUAAGUGAUACUUUUUAGAGGCUGGUUAACACCUUCAUGCUAACAGUAGAAGGCAGAUGUUCUAGCCAGUAGUGUAUUUUCUUAA